AUGGCUCCAGUUAAAAGAAAACGAGAGAAACCAACUGAGGAGAAAGAAAGAGUUAGUGAAACUGGGGCUUCAGAAAGAGAGGAAACCUACGAAACCUCUCAAGUAGAAGUUUCUGUUGGGCAUGAAGAAGAAAGAUAUAAAAAUGAACAAAAUAAAGAACAACAAGAAGAUAAAGAAGAUGAUGAAGCAGACAAAGAUGAAGAAACUAGAGAAGAAACUGAAAACGAUAAUGAAAAAUUUGCUGAAAGAGAUGAAGAAGAAGGAGAUGAAGGGGGUGAAGAAGAUGCAAAAACUGAAAAGGAUCCCAAUAGACCUUCCAUUGACGAGGUCGUCAAGAGUUUCAGUAUUGAAAAUUACAGCGUGAGGAUGACGUUGAAUGGAAAUAAUGAUUUGUCCGGUGAUAUUGUGGUCAAAUCAAGAAUGGGAAAGGGCUUUGACAAAUUUAGGGGCAUUCUUUGGCAGUAG